ACCGCCUAGUAAUGGAGAAAUAAAAAUAGAAAAACGCGAAAAAGAACGUUUGGAACGUCCCACAAAAAUCAUUAAACUUAAUUCAUCGUCAACAACCUCCGAACGUAGCGGUGGUGGUACUGGUGAGCGUGAAUCUUCUAGUUCAAAUCGUGCCACAGUAAUUGAAAUUAAAGAUGAACCUUCUUCAUCCAAUUCUACUACAGCUUCGCAUGAACGUGAUUCAGAUCGUCAUGGCAGUAGUACACGUUCUCUUAAGGACAUCAUCAAAAAGGAGGAAGGACGUUUACGUGAACGAGAUCGUGAACAACGUGAUCGUGAGCGCGAACAUCGUAAUCAACUAUUAGAGGAUAUGGAAUCGUCAUCAACAUCACGUUCGAAAAGAGAGAAACGUCGAGAGGAUCGUUAUCGCAAUGAAUCGCCAUCAAUGGAAAAUCAAGAGAGUGCUAGCAGUAAAAAUGAUUAUGAUCGUAGUGAACGUGAUGCCAGAGAUCGUGAUUAUGAACGCAAUGAACGUGAACGUAGAGAUCGUGAUCGUGAUUUGAGUUCGGUCUCGAAUGAAAGUAUUGGUUCGUUACAGCAACAGCGACGUAGUCAAGAUAUUUUAGAAUAUGAAAAAGACUCGAAACGUCGCAAAAUGGAAUCAUCAUCAUCCAAUUCAAAGAAACAACUUAUAGACGAUCAUAAUGAACCUUCUAAAAAGGAACGUAGUGUCAAGAAUAAAGAUCGCAAAGAAAAAUUAACCGAUGAGGAAAAAGAUGCCCGUAAGGAAAGAAAAUUGGGUCGUAAAAGAGAACGUUUAGAAGAGACUUCCUCUACAGAGCAUAAACGUCGUAGAGAUGUACAAAAUGGUGAUGAUGAUCAGCAGCAGCAACGUGAACGCGAUAAAUAUCAUACCAGAGAAAAAUCACCGCAUAUAAGAGAUACACGCGAGAGAUCCCAUGAGAAAUUUGAACGUGAUCGUAGCAAUCGUGAUGAUCGUUCUUAUAGCAGCAGUAGUACAACCACAAAAUCCACUAGAUCCCGCAUUGGUUAUUAGAAACACUUAAUUUUAGCAUUUCUUUUUUUGUUUCUUCAACAUUAGUUUUCGUUAUUACAAAACAAUUAUCCGCCGAUCAUUUUAUCAUUAUAAAAUACUUAUAUUUUUAUUGUCCGCAUAAUUACUAACUGCUAAGUGAAUUUAAUUUGUUUAAUUUUUUUUUCUUAUUGUAUUGUAUGAAAUAAUUAUUAGUUUUUUCUCCCCCGCUUCAUUAAUAAAAAUCAUUUAAUUAUCACAAAA